AUGGCGCCGGGACCUAUCGGAACGAGCUGUUUGACAUGCAAGCGUCGUGCGCAAGAUAGCCACAAGAAGUGCGACCGACGGAAACCGAUUUGCGAACGAUGUUCAAAGGGAGGCUAUGAAUGUCUAGGAUAUGACCACAAUAUAUCGGCUGGAUACACCGAUGCCGAUGAUGAGCCUUUGCCGUUGAACCGCCUCCAAUCGGAAUCAUCCAGUUCGUUAUCCUCACCUCACAGUAGCGGCAGCGGCAUUGGGAGCAAUGAAUUCCUUAUUUUGGACGAUGCGAUGGGUGCUCGAAGUAUCUAUGGCGUGCGCGAAACAACCCAGCAUCUCAUUCAACCGAACACGGCACACAUACCACAGGAGAAUCUUUUUGACACGGCUCCGCCGUACUAUGCAAAUGUUGUAGCUCACGGGGAUCCUCCUCCCACGCGACCUAAGCACCAACCUACUAUGCCUAUAACAACAUCACCACAUAUCACAAAUACUGCUAUUUCCCAAGUAAUCGACCUCUCCACAGAUCAUUUGUUAUUUGCACUCGCUUCUCAGAUACCCCAAGGAGUUCCACUACCGCCUGACAUACGAGACACGGCAGAAUACGUAAUGUCGAGCUUGGAGCGUGUGCUGGGCGUUACAUAUUUUAAACCUCAUGGGAAACAAUUAGGAAGAUUCCUUGGACAAACAGCAUGGCGAUUAUCAACAUGUAACUUUGCUCGUCAAGGCCUGCUCAUAUAUGCCAAGAUCCGUGACUCGAUUCUGGAGGGCAGUGAUUCUGGAAACGAGAGCACGUUUGCUCGUUGGAUCGAAGGGCAUGAGCAAAGGCUGUCUACUGGUCUCAAUCAGUCAUUGACUCCCUACGAACUCCAUGAGCGACACCAAGAUCUCCUGGAAGUAUUCUACAUCAAGAUUGGUAUCUUCAAUGCCACUACCACUUAUCGACUACUGUGCCAUCUUGCGCCAAGCUUUCUUGAAACGGUCUAUUCCGAUCCAACACUAUGGUCGACGCAGCAGGACCCCUCCUUGGUUUCCAUCGCGCAUUUGCUCUCCUCCUCCCGUUAUGGGCCAGCAAACUACAUGCUCAUGGAUGUCGUGGCUUCUAUGAUAUACGGAGUCCCUCACAUCAUGCAGUACAAUGCGGACGUCGAGCCUUUCCAUACCCAACCCCACUCUGCGGAAUGGAUGAACUGCUUUCCUGGCGAAUUUCUGAUACUGCUUGCCAAAAUCAAUAUCUGCCGGGACCAAGGAUCUGUAGUUGAUGAUUGGUUAGACAUUGAACGACGAUUAGUUUCCUGGGAACCUCGGCCCAAGUUCGAGCCGGAGGGAUUAGAUUCCUCUAAAUCAGUUGCAUGGCUGGCGCUCCAAGAGACCUGGAGGCAUACGCUGCUCAUAUACUUGUACUUGGUUCUAUACGGCGUCCCUACCGAUGACUCACGAAUACAGACCUCAAUACGUCAAAUAUUUCAGAUCCUUGGAGUCAUCCGGCGACAGAACCCACCUAUCGCAAAUGUCCAUUUCUUUGCUCAGUAUCUAGUAGUGAGUGGUUUUUAA